CGCCUUUGGGGGCUUCAGACGUGUGCGGCCGUCGUCCGUCCUCUGCACACAGCCGACGAGCGGAUGUGACGUUCUGGGCUGCUGGGUUGCUGCGCAGUUCUCCGGAGAAGAGAGGAGAACGAGACGGCGAAGCGCAGUCGGGAGGGAUUCGUUCUUGCGGCAGCUUUCGGCGGCAGUAGCCCUCGCCAAGGCUUGGCCCCCUCCCGCCUCAGCCCCCAAAAGCGAGAGAGCGACAGCGGGGCGGGGGCCGCCGCGACCAAGCGCUGCUGUUCGUUAUUGAAAUCAUGAAUCCUGUUUAUAGUCCUGGAUCUUCUGGGGUUCCCUAUGCAAAUGCCAAAGGAAUUGGGUAUCCAGCUGGAUUCCCAAUGGGCUAUGCAGCUGCUGCUCCUGCUUAUUCUCCUAAUAUAUAUCCUGCAGCAAAUCCAACAUUCCAAACAGGUUAUACACCAGGCACACCAUAUAAAGUCUCUUGCUCACCCACCAGUGGUACAGUGCCUCCUUAUUCCUCAUCGCCCAAUCCUUAUCAAACUGCAGUAUAUCCAGUUCGAAGUGCCUAUCCACAGCAGAAUCCAUAUGCACAGCAAGGCACUUACUACACACAGCCUUUAUAUGCAGCACCACCCCACGUAAUCCAUCACACUACAGUUGUGCAGCCCAAUGGAAUGCCUGCAACUAUGUAUCCAGCACCAAUUCCACCUCCCAGAGGAAAUGGUGUCACUAUGGGAAUGGUGGCUGGGACCACAAUGGCAAUGUCAGCAGGUACCUUGUUGACAACACAUUCCCCAACUCCUGUAGCCCCGCACCCAGUUACAAUGCCCACUUAUCGAGCUCCAGGAACUCCAACCUAUAGUUAUGUGCCCCCACAGUGGUGAUUACCAUUGCCCAGUAUUUGAAGAUGGGAGAUAUGCAAUCAAGUAACUGAGGUUUAAAAGUUGGUGCUGAAGCCUUCAUGCCUCCAACCAGGACUUGUUUCUUCUGAAUGCUUGCAAUCCUUUGCUAAACACUAAUUCCACUGAAGACUUCCCAGUGCUGCAUAUCUUACAUCUUGGAACUCCAGCAGUUAGUCUUAAAGCAAAUCCUGUUUUGUGGACUGUCUUGCAAUUUUUAGCUAAUUAUAAUGAUUAAAGGGAGUAUAAAUUUAUUGAUUCAUAUCUAGUUGAAUGCAUGUCUAAAACUCGCAAAGCUUGCUCAACCUACCUGCUGUGACUGAUGCAAAAACUGUCAUAUGCAAAAUCCAAAGGAGCCGAAAAGUAUUUUACAAUUUGUAUCACUAAUGCACUGUUGUAAUGUAUGCAGGGUCUUAAAGAGGUAGAAUUGUGACAGUGAUUUUUUUCAUCGAUAUACAUUAGCAAGUGUGUUAACCUUUUAAGGCACCAGGUAAAGGGGGAACAGUUUGGUGGUGUUUUUCUUUCUGGUUCAGUGACUGGAAAAUGACUUUGUAGAAAUCUUACAAAGGAACUGUUUAUCAUUUGUAAGUUUUCCUUUCCAUUUCCACUUUUUGGAUUCAGUGUUAUUAUGGACAUUCUCAAGGACAAAAACAUUACGGGAAAAAUAUGGUUAACAGUCUUGCUAUCUAAAUCAUCAAUCAUAAUUGGAAUGUUUGGUGGAAAAUCAUCUGCAUAAUGGUUUACCUCCUAGAACAGUCUUAAAUGAUUGAUGUUAGUGAUUUCCACACUGUUAGUAAAAUAAAAUUUUGUUCAAGUUUAGGUCCCCCCCCCCAAACAAAAAUGUACUCACCUUGGCCAGAUUAAAAAAAAUAGUUUGAGCAGCCUGCUUUUGUAAAAGCAUAGUCAUAUCAAUAUUUCAGUAGAAAAGAAUUCAACAUAUUCUGAAGAAAAUGUCCAUUUUUGAUAUAUUAAAGGGGAGCAAACUAUUUAAAUCAUUUUAGUGGCUUGUUUUCCUUGCAGCAUGGAUAUGAACAAAGUGUGGAAGCAAUUGUUAGGAUAUACAUUUUCAUAAAAAUAGGACUAAAUUAGAAAGUGAUCAAGUACAAAGAUUCUCAUUGGUAAUAGUAUUCUUUUGGCAUAAUCUUGGGCAUAUGCUUUUUUACCUCCUAAAUUGCAUUUGGAAAAAUUGGAAUUAAGAAAACAGAUGCAGUAUUUCAUUGCAGUGAACCACUUCUGAACUCCUUGCCUACAGCUUUGAGUCUUCAUAGAAGUACCUCAGUCAAUGCUGUGGGGAUAUAGGGCUAGUCUUGGAACCAGUUUGUGUACCAAAAUUAUUAUGGGAUUUUUUUUAAAUUUUAUUUUAGGUUUUAAUUUCAGUGCUAAAAGCAAUCAAGGGCUUUCUUUGAAUUGGCACCAAUUAUUAUUUUUCCCCAGUAUUUCCUGUCUGCAAUAAAUAGUGUAGUCAAAGGUUAAAAUGUUCCAUUUUAAAUUUAACAUUUGUAGAUUAGUUUAUAGUAUUGGUAAAAUAUUUGCAAGUUGUUGGUGUGUUUUAAUUGUGAGACUGAGCAUCCCUUAUUUUGGGAUAAUCAGUUUUUAAAUCAGAUCUUGCAACUACUUAUAAGUAGCUUGGAAACUGGUUUUAGUACUAACAUCCUAUUUUUGUUCCCUGGGGCAAGAGGCUUCUAUGCCUCAAAUCCCUUUGAGGACAGGGCCUUUAGGACAUUUAAACAAUAACAUACUUUUUUUUUUUUUUUUACUUAAGAUAUAUUUUCUUUGGAUCAUUAUAUGACACCUUUAUCCAAAUGCCAGUGACACAACAUAAUCAUAUGUAUUGUUACAUUUUAAUCUUGAGCACUUAUUGCAGCCUAGAAAGUUCUGUAUCCAUAAAACAAGCAAAUUCUUCUCUCUUGCCAUUUGGGUCUGCUUAGCUAUUCCAUUUGUAACUUCAUUUCCAUGAAGUUAGUCAUCUUUCUGAAGAGUGCUCCUUAACUUAAUGAUUAUUCAGUAUGGGCACUUAGUCAGUGUAGCAGGCUUUUAAAGUAAAAUGUUUCUUGCCACAUUAUCACAGAUGUGAGUUUUGAAAAUUCAGUUAUGCCAGGGACAUGUUGAAAAUAAAUAAAAGCACUGCUGCCUCUAAUCUCUUUACUUAAAUGUCCUGAAGUCUAUAGCUAACGCAGCACUUUGUAAAUGGUAAAGACAAAUUGUAAUUUAUUCACCUCAAGUUUCAGAUUUCUAAAUGCUUCCUUGGUUUUUUUUUUUUUUUUAAAUACAGUGAUAGUGACAGCCUUUAGGUAAUCUGACUUUGAGCACUUUUUUCUGAGUUAUGUUAUGGGAUUCAUCUGCAAUGGAGGAUUAGUACUUCUUGCAAAAAUUACUGCACCUUCCAGAAAUUCUAAUUUGGGGGAGGGGGGAAUGGGGCAAUGACAUUUUAUUGGAGAUAAUUCCAUACCUCCAAUAGCGUCAGUAGGAAAGUAACCAAAAGCACAGUGAUGAGAGGAUGUAUAUAGCUUGGUAUAUUGUUGCAAAUAAUUAAAAAAAGCAUGAAUAUGAAACUGAAAGUUUGUACUUCAAAUGGAUGUACUAGACAGGGGAUAUUGUGGAAUUUUUUCUCCUUCUGUCUGUUAGUUCCCUGUUUAGAAUUCCUGUGUGGGAGGGUGGGUGAGGUAAAGCCUCUAAUUCUUAGUAUGUGGUUGCAUUGAAACUCUCCAGAAAGCUUUAAAGGGGGUUAAUGCAGCAGAGACAAGGCUCCAAUCAAGCUGCUUCCAAACAAAUGCAGCCUCUAGACGGGAAUACAGUAACAUAUUACAGCAAUAACAGAGAAAACAAAAGAUCUGAGUUUAAUUUCAAAGGCUAUGUUUUUAAAUAAUACUGAAGACACUGUUUAGGAGACAUUCUCAAAGCAGAUAACACAAUAUUCUAAGUUUGGGUUUUGUUUUUUUGUUUUUUUGUUUUGAAAAAUAGCAAAAUAGUCACAUUCUACAGAUACUUUAUAUUUGGCCAAGAAACUUGUAGAUGUAGUCAGUGGUAUUAAUGCUAACCAACUGACAAGAAACUAAAUCUCCCAUUUUUAAUCGAGGUGAUAGAUGUAUAACUAAAAUAUUAUUGUUGAUAUACAGACAUUGAAAUACUCUGAGAAGCUCAUACGUUACCACGAAAGGUGUCUUGAUGCCACGAUGGAGAUAAUGGAGGGAAGAAGGUUUUUUUGCUUUAUUUGGAUUCUUGAAACGUAAACCCAGUGAGAAUAUCGUUUUUAAUUUGUCAUGACUAAAAUUUGACAUAGGCUCCAUAUAGUAAUAUUCCAUGACCAUCACAAGUAGUUUUAACUUCAGUGGAGAAUUUUGAAUUUAUUAGGAAAAACUUCCUUUGUUCCUAUGCGUUUGUACUGAGCAUUCCUAUUGCUUGGUUAUGGAGUUAAAAAACUUAAGUUAAUUUUGUUGCAGUUAAAAUGCAGGAAGCAAAAUAUUUUCAACUAGUUUGUAUUGCAAUGUUGUGUUGAUACUAUGAAGCAACACCCAACACUGGGUGUCUGUUCUGGGGCAAAAAAAAUAGGCAUUGAUAAUUUUCUGUUAGUGAAGCUCAGCAUUGCAUUCUCUAUUAGGUAGUUUGUUAAUUAAGCAAAUUCCCUGUCUGUCUCUGCCUGCAAACACUGAGUCCCAAAUCUAGAAGUCUCUUUGUGAUUUUUUUUUAACCUGUGCAUAAAGUUUGUUUGCACUUGGCCUUCCCUAUUGUCUUACAUAAAGGAACAGCUCUGCAUAGUCAUUCCUUCUCAAUUUAUCCAACAGUCCCAUCCAUUUGGAAUAAUAACAAUAAAAGAGAGAAAGCUGUGCAGGCAAGGGAAUUGCAUUUAUAUUAAGCAUUUAAUUCUCUCUUGGUCAAGCUGCCGGUCAUGCCAUUCAGUAGAGACUGAAAGACAGCAAGGGGCAGGUAACGGGGGGGGGGGGAUUAUCAGAAUUCUUGAGCUGUCUCUUCAGCCUACUGAAGACAUUUUAUUGGUGUUUAUUAGAUACUGAGGUAGUUAUUUAAAUCAAAUGGGCACUCUUUCUAAAAUGACAUGGAAAUAUUUGAGCAUCCCAAUAUCAGAAGCCAAUUUAACAUACCAAGAUAGUCUGAACAGUUUGACUUCAAAUUCCCUGUCAUCAGUAUCUCUGUGACUUUUUCCAAUCUGAUAUGACUUUUGAGCACUUAGCAAGCAAACCAUGGAAGCUUCACUUAGCUUGCUGCUGUACAGACUUGUUUUUAGUAGAAUGGAUUUGUUAGUGGGAUUUUAUUGUAGUGCUAUUAUUGGCUGCCCUUGUGGGGUGAAAAGGGGAGUGCAUGCAACAGAAGUGCAAGAGGCCCCAGUAAUAGUGUUGUUAUGAAAUAGGCACAGGUUUCCUUUUUAUAUAACUUUUUUUUUUUUUU